CUAACAUUAUAAGUGCACCCCAGGAAACAUUAUAAAACAAUAAAAAAACACAGUUCAUAAACCCUUGAAUGCUGUAAACUCACAUUCUGUCUACCUUACACAAAUACACAACAUGCUCUUACAUGGAGAAAAUGUCUGACAUAAUGCCAUUAAACACUAUAUAGGCUAUAGAACCUUUUCAGCUUAGUUAUAUUAUGCUCUCUGCGCAAUAUUCCCAUUUGUACUGACAGGCGUCUGAACACGUUUUGCAGAGGAAAAACGCAAAUGCACUGCACAAAACACAAAGCAGCAGCAGCUUCAGCCCAGACACAUGCUCAGCACUGGAAUCCCAACACGUAGUUAUCCUUAUAUGGCCAUUUUCCUGUUUGGCAGUGUUACGUCACUGCGUGACGUGAGCAGGUGCAGAUGCAGAGACUGGAGAGGAUAGAGACGCACAUUAAAUAUACGUUUGAUUAGGCCUAUAAGCGAUUGCAAAACGGCUUAACAAAAUAUAUAAUCAUCAAUAAAAUUAUUUCUACUAAAAAGUCGGUCCAAUAUCUUCUCUCUUUUUUUUUUUUACCUUUCUUUCAGUUUUUUUGUUGCUGAAUUAGCUAUGCAACAUGACAACAGAACACAGAUCAAAUGCUGUAUUGUCGAAUAUGAGCAUAAGUUUGCAUGAAAUGAUCAUGUUUUAAAAUACGUCAUGCAUUAUUCAUAAGGUCUUUAUGCAUAUCAGGGUCCAUCAGAAUUUUAUGAAUGAAUAUGUAGCACGGACCACGUUUCGUCCUUGCAGGGGUUCCCCAUCGAUUCACGCGCGCAGCUUCACUACAGCAAUCUUUAGUGAAAGCAAAUCUUAGCUGAAAAUGGAUUAAACAAUAACAUGCACAAAUGUGCACAGAAAACUGAGUUUUCCUCGCAUGUCCUUCAGAGGAGCUCCCCACAUGCGGAAUGGUACGGCCCGUUUCAUUCAUAAAAUCCAGGCGCACUAUAAAUAGGAGCUCGCGCAGCUGAGUGUCACUGACCAGGUUUAUAAACCUGGAGAGAGCGACUCCAACAUCACGAAGCGAGCUUCUUGGACCAGAAGAGCUGGAAUCCAGUCAAUAGUUUCGUCUUUCCGUGAGUGCUGGAGAAAUGUUCCUGAGCAAAGAGAAGACUGAUCCGGACUCUGCCGGGGACGCGCGCGCGCACCAGCCUUGCGCGGAUGCGCCGAUGGACAGCAGCAGCUCACAGGGCUCGUGCGCGGAUGCCGAGUCUCCGGGCUCGUUCGUCCCGACGGUCACGGCGAUCUCCAGCACGCCAGACCUGCAGUGGAUGGUCCAGCCGACGAUCAUCACGUCUGUGUCUCCGUCUCUGGCUAGAGCCGAAAGCAAGAGCAAGAACGCUGGGAACAAGGGGAAAAGCGCGGCCAGGAAGAGCAAGAGCGAGCAGCUCUCUCCGGAGGAAGAGGAGAAGAAGAGGAUCAGGAGAGAGCGAAAUAAAAUGGCUGCAGCGAAGUGUCGCAACAGACGGAGAGAACUCACCGACACCCUGCAGGCUGAAACAGACAAGCUAGAAGAGGACAAAGCCGCCCUCCAGGCUGAAAUCGAGAAUCUCCUAAAGGAAAAGGAGAGGCUUGAGUACGUUCUCGCCACUCAUAAACCUCUUUGCCAACUGCCUGAAGAGCUGGACUGCCUGUUUCCAGAGUCUCCUCAGCCACUUCCAACUCCCGAAACGUCCAGCAAACUCUCAGAGGAUAGUCCGCAAGAUGGCGCUUCCCUGCAGGACAUGGAGAUCCCAACGGUACCUUCCACCGCUAUUUCUGGGAACUCCAACAUCCUGUUGUGCUCCAGUGCAGAGGUCAGUUUGUGCGACCUCGAGCCCUCUCUGGACAUCAGGGACGAGCUCCUUGCCACCGUCGACGAGGACCGAGUCUCGGCGGAAACGGCUCGCUCUGUCCCCGACAUUGACCUGUCCGGCUCGCUGGGCAUCACGGACUGGGAAACCCUGUACAAGUCUGUGGCCAAUGAUCUCGAACCUUUGAGCACCCCGGUGGUGAGCGCUUCCACACCCACCUGCAACAACUAUCUGUCUGUAUUUACCUUCGCCUGCCCCGAGCUGGACUCCCUGGCCGAGGGACUGGACGGUUGCAAAGGUGGCGUGACCAAAGCAGAAUCUAGCGUCGAUAUCCUCAACUCUCCAACCCUUCUUGCCUUAUAAAUGCAAGUGUAGAUGAUGUAAUGUCAUGAUAUUGUUCUUAAUAUCUAUUGGAUAUCGCUGUGUUAUGAUGUCCAGAUGUGUGAUGUUGGUGUAAAGCCUAUGGAAGCUUGUUUCCGCCAUGGAAAAAAUAAAAUAAAAAAGGUAUUGUGACUUUG